UAUUUGCCGCACGUAAUGAAUUGGACCUAAACCCUGAAAAAAUAACAUUUCUUAUUCCUCUCUCUUGCAUAUCUCCGUUUAUAGCGUGCACAGCGCAACCGCACGCCGCCGCGGCACUACCAUUACCAUGAACAUCUCAACUCUAAGACUCGAUUCCAAUCCAAUCACUACGGCAACGGCGACUCACCGGAAUGGGAUCCUCGGUUGCAAUGGGACCUAUAGUUAUAGGUUCAAUCAGUUCCAGCAGAGGAAGAAGACUGCUUCAAUUGUCGUUUGUUCGACAAAGCCUCUUGCCUCGGUAGUGGACCAUCAGGGGGUUAAUGAGUCAGGACUGAGACGAAUUGAGUCACUCAGUCAGGUAUCCGGCGUGUUGGGUUGCCAAUGGGGCGAUGAAGGAAAGGGAAAGCUCGUUGAUAUACUGGCUAAACAUUUCGACAUUGUUGCUCGUUGUCAGGGUGGAGCCAAUGCUGGGCAUACUAUAUACAAUUCUGAGGGGAAGAAGUUUGCUCUGCACCUUGUCCCUUCUGGGAUUCUCAACGAGGAAACUCUGUGUGUUAUUGGUAAUGGAGUUGUGGUGCAUCUACCGGGACUUUUUAAAGAAAUUGAUGGUCUUGAAGCUAAUGGAGUUUCUUGCCAAGGAAGGAUCUUGGUAUCUGAUCGUGCACACUUGUUAUUUGAUUUUCACCAAGAAAUAGAUGGGCUUAGAGAAGCUGAGCUAGCUAAAUCCUUUAUUGGAACCACCAAGAGAGGCAUUGGGCCAUGCUAUUCAAGCAAGGUUAUUAGAAAUGGCUUAAGAGUAAGUGAUUUAAGGCAUAUGGACACAUUCCCCCAAAAGCUUGAUCUUUUAUUAUCAGAUGCCGCUGCAAGAUUCCCAGGCUUUAAGUAUGGUCCUGACAUGCUCAGGGAAGAAGUGGAACGCUACAAGAAAUUUGCUGAGAGGUUGGAACCCUUCGUUACAGAUACCGUGCACUUCAUGAAUGAUGCUAUAUCUCAGAAAAAGAAGAUUUUGGUGGAAGGUGGUCAGGCAACAAUGUUGGAUAUAGAUUUUGGAACAUACCCUUUUGUGACUUCAUCCAGUCCAUCGGCUGGUGGAAUCUGCACAGGUCUUGGCAUUGCUCCCAAAGUUGUUGGUGAUCUUGUUGGUGUGGUUAAGGCAUAUACCACAAGAGUUGGUUCUGGUCCUUUUCCAACAGAAAUCAUGGGCAAAGGUGGUGACCUUCUUCGUUUUGCUGGGCAGGAGUUUGGCACAACCACUGGACGUCCGCGUCGUUGUGGUUGGCUAGACAUAGUUGCGCUGAAAUUCUGCUGUCAAAUAAAUGGAUUUGCUUCUCUUAACCUUACAAAACUAGACGUGCUGUCAGAUCUACCAGAAAUUCAAUUGGGUGUUACUUACAGGCAUCCUGAUGGCUCAGCAUUACAUUCUUUUCCCUCUGAUCUUCGUCUUCUUGAGCAAAUAAAGGUGGAGUAUGAAGUUUUGCCUGGGUGGAAGAGUGAUAUUUCUUCCAUCAGGAAGUAUUCUGACUUGCCUAAGGCUGCACGCGAGUAUGUAGAAAGGAUAGAGGAGCUUGUUGGGGUACCUAUCCAUUACAUUGGUAUAGGACCUGGUCGUGAUGCCCUUAUCUACAAGUGAUUUUAGAUUUUUAUCAUCAUAUUGCCAGAGUCAUAUUCUUCAAAUUGUUGGUAAACCUUAGACUAAGCUUGUAGUAACAUCAUGAAUUAUCAUUUUGAUGUUAUUGCUUAAUGUAAAAAUUAUGUCUCUGUUGUCUUUAAAGCUAGAAAUUUUGUUAGACCUCCCAAGGAAAAGUCAGUUAAGAAUGCCAAUGAUCAAGGUUUCCGUUUA